GUUCAGAUUAUCCACGUCUCUUCAUGGCCACGCCAUUUCAUUAUUCUGCAAUCAUCCUACGUCACCUUCAGAGGACGCAUUUGUUAGACAAACAUCAUAAAGUCGAUUGGGUGGUGGACAAUGAGAACGAAGAAAAUUUUACCAGCUUAACGACACUGGUUUCAGGAUGCUUUCAAUUCUACUUUGAGAAAGAUGGGUGAGUAAUUUAACACUAUGUACUUGAGAGAUUUGGGAAAAGGACAAGUGUAUAUAAAUGUAUUGUUCGGUCACAGCAAAAAGUCGGGGAGCGGUUACUUCCUAGUAGAUCCAGUUUUAAGAAUUGGAAAAAAUGACAAAGUCUUGGCCUUGGACUCUAUCUGUUGUCAGACCUUUUUCCCCAAGUCAUUGGGUCCAUUGACAGAGUGGAAGGGAUGCCUAGAAGUUGCACAUCAGUCUGGGUAUAAUAUGAUUCAUUUCACACCUGUACAGGAGCUUGGAAAGUCAAACUCAUCCUACUCUAUUUCCAACCAGCUCGCCUUGAACCCAAUCUUUGGUAAUGAUGUCAAGUUUGGUGACGUACAGAAGAUUGUGAACGACAUGAAGGAGGAGUGGGGUGUAAGCUCACAUUUAAUAUAUAUAAAAAAUAAGGGAUAAUUAUAAUUAGUCUUCCCUUCUUCGUCUGGUCUUAGGUCUUAUCAAUAUGCGACGUGGUGUUUAACCACACUGCAAAUGAGACGCCAUGGCUGAAAACAAAUCCUGAAUCCGGCUAUAAUCUGGUAAAUAGUCCCCAUCUUCGUCCUGCCUACUUACUGGACUGCAUCAUCUCCGAAUUUGGUCGUGAUAUUGGACAAGAAAAAUAUGCCAAACGAGGCCUCCCAUCAAAAAUCAAUU